CAUAACAUGGACAUAACCUGUAAAAUGCUAGUAUUAAGCUAGUACAUUAUUAGAUUGUUUUCGUCCCAAAAAAAUUAAAAUGUAGUAAUAUGUAAUCAUUAAAGUGUUUUCGGAUUUUGUGAUUAUGGCCCUAACAACCGAACAAUGUGAUCUUUUGUUAAAUGUUCUUUCAGAAAACAACGUAAAAUCUCAAUCCUUUGAAAAUCUAUCUACAGAAGUCUUAAAAAAAUUUGAUCAGUCUGAUUACUUUAAAGUGGGAUCAUGUUUGGUUGUACUACUACAGCAAGAUCUAUUUGAAAUUCCCGAACAACGUUUAGCUGCAAUUACGUUAAUUUAUGAAUUAUACAAGGGAGAAUCUAUUAUCAAUAGUCCUUUUGCAACUGUCUUUAUUCAUUUAUUGAAUCCUCCAGAACAUCAAAGUAAUGUGGGUGCUCCCAAACUCGAAUAUCCUGGACAACUACCAAAACUUGGUGCUCCUGAAAAGCAUUUUAUAGCACAAUUGAUUUCAGAUAUACCAAAAGAUGCAAUUAUGAAAAAGACACCUUUGCAAAUUAUAAAUUCUGAUAAUGUUGGACCGAUUAACAUUGAUCUUUCUGCCAUUCAACUAGCCAUUGCGGAAAAGCAAUCUGAACUCCCCCAAACUUGUAGAAGUGCAAUUCCAGCAAUUUUGCCAUUUCCAGAGAAGUCCGGUAAAGGGAAUACAGUUGAAUCGGACAAAAAAGAAGACAUAGCAAAGAAAAUAGUUACAAAUGAGAAUUUAUAUAGAGUUUAUAAACCAGAAUUUUUAACCCUCAUGCCACCACUACAUAAUGCAAAAGAUGAACUUGUCUGGUUAAAUGUAACAACACCAAAGGAACAUCUCAUUGCCUAUGAUACUACAAUGUGUGUCCCAAACUUAGCCGGGCAGGAAGCACGAUUAUUGAUGCAAAAAGCUUUUAAAUCUGCACUAACAAUUCCACAACAGCAACAACUACUUCAUGAACUUGAUAGUGAGCCCAAAUUAGUUUACCAUAUUGGUUUAACACCUUCUAAGCUCCCGGAAUUGGUCGAAAAUAAUCCAUUAAUAGCUAUAGAAGUGCUGUUAAAGUUGAUGCAAUCAAAACAGAUUACAGAAUAUUUUAGUGUCUUAGUAAAUAUGGAAAUGUCACUCCAUUCAAUGGAAGUUGUUAACAGAUUAACCACGACUGUCGACUUGCCAACUGAAUUCGUACAUUUGUAUAUUUCCAAUUGUAUAUCAACGUGCGAAACUAUAAAGGAUAGAUACAUGCAAAAUCGACUUGUCAGACUCGUCUGCGUUUUUCUGCAGUCGUUGAUAAGAAAUAAAAUAAUUAACGUUCAGGAACUAUUUAUCGAAGUGCAGGCCUUCUGUAUAGAAUUUAGUAGAAUUCGUGAAGCAGCAGCACUAUUUCGGUUACUAAAACAACUUGAAACAGGAGAACUUGGCAUUGGUAUAUCAUCUCCCACGUCAAAUUCAGUGGGAAAACUAGACGGUUGAUGAUUUUGGAUUGUCACAAAGACGUACAGCACCCCCAUUCCGUAGUAUCCACUCUGCACAUGUUCGGUCUGGACCAAAUUCUUUUAAUCUAUCUUCAUCUAACUUAUUGAACGAUAUAUUCAACCAGGCCCAAAAGUAACGCUUGAUGGCUAACUUAUUUAUAAUUUUACUUUCAUUGAAAUACAUGGUUUGACUUUUCCUACUUA